AGGAGCGUUAGUCAAGACAAGCAGUAACAAUAAGUAACCAAAAUUAAAAGCCAUAAGCAAAGUCAGAAAAUGUUCCGCUUAUUGUGUUUCUGUGUAUUUCUAGCCUUCUCUCAUGGUUAUGCUAUACCAGUGGCGCCAUUGCACACCGUUGCCGCACCGAUACCAGUGCCUUACCUUAACCAUGCGUACGGCUAUGGAGGACACGGCCUUGGCCAUGGAUUUGGUCACGGAUUCGCUAAGCCGCUUGGACACCACAUACUGAAGAGAUCACCGCAUUUCGUCGAACCAUUGGCGCAUAUUGGCCAUUUAGCCCCAGUAGCUACGCACUUGACAGGCUUGGCUCCAUUGGCGGUUUCCCAUCAAGAACGAGUGGAUGUGCAUUCAGCGCCAGCAAUUGUUUCAUCAAUUGUGCCUAUUGUGAAGGAAGUUGUUGCUCCGGUCUUAGCUGCUCCCAUACUGCAUAAACCAUUCGGACAUUAUGGCGCAGGCGCUUACGGGUCGUUCCACCCUCAUGUAGGACAUUAUUAGGACGGAUUAUGUGGUGAACUUUUCGCUA